GGUAUGAUCAUUUUUUAUUAUCGCCUUGAAUUAAAUUGAAUGUUUUAUUUCAGUCAGAAAAACACGUCGUGUUGUUGUUAUUUCUCCUGUUAACUGCAAAGUUUAAGAAACUUUUGAGAUGGUCCUCGGUCAGGUCGAUAAUAUAAUGAUUAUCGAAACACGAUAUUAUAUAAUAAUAUUAAUUAUUCGUGUUAUACCUAAUGUUUAGUUGUGUUUUGUUGAUGAUUUUCAAUUGUCCUUUUUUUUUUUUUUAUGAAAUGUCAUAACGCGAUGGAUUGUUGUCUCGUUCAGGACUUUGAGUUUUUUGUUCGUCUUGAUCAUGUGAGAAAAUGUUUUACAGUGCAGAAAAAAAUAUUUGUUUUGGAAGAAUACAAUCCAAAAUUGAAACAUAUUAUUCAAAGACAAUACGAAUCACCUAUGGUAAGUUGCAUCUUAUAAUGUUAAGUUCUAGAAUUUAGGUACUACAUAUAAUAUAAGUACAUGUGAAAAAUUGUUUUAAAAUAAGUAUGAUGCAUGCUCAAAUAAAUUAAAUCGUAGGUAGGCUAUAUAUCGCAAUAAUAUUGCAUGAUGAAUGCUUGUUUAAAUUAUUAUUUAUUACUUAUUAUAAUUAGAUAUUUUAAAAUGUUCAAACU